AUGGAACCUAACAGUCAGUUGGCAGGCCUACUUAAAAGAACCAAACUUAUAAUUUGGGAUGAAGCUCCAAUGACUCACAAGCAUCGUUUUGAAGCCUUAGAUAGGAUAUUGCGCUAUGCCAUUCGUUGUCCCAACGGUAAGCCCUUCAAGUUAAGCUUUGGAGGCAAGGUUAUUGUGUUUGGUGGUGAUUUUUGGCAAGUUUUGUCCUUUAUCCCAAAGGGUACAAGACAAGAUAUUUUCUUCGCGCACUUAACUUUUCAAAGGUUUGGAAUGACUGCAAGAAUAUAUUCUCAAAGUUGGGAAUGGAAAGCUUGGAGGACCCACGAUGGAGAGACUACUAUCAACAUACCUGAAGAUCUAUUGAUAAAGGAUGCAUCAAAUCCAAUAGAUGCAAUUGUCGAUUCAACUUAUCUUGGAAUUCGUGAGGGCUCAAUUAACACUUCAUACUUUUAUGAUAGGAUAAUACUAGCACCAACAAAUGAAAUUGUUGAUAAAUUCAACGAACAUGUAUUAUCACUUUUUCAAGGAGAAGAAAUGUUGUACUUGAGUUCAGAUUCAAUUUCAAAAUCUGACAAUACCUAUGGUAGCAACAAUGAUGCAUUUUCAAUUGAGUUUCUUAACUCAAUACGUGCAUCUAGAGUUCCAAACUAUAAGUUAUUGUUCAAAGUUGGUGCUCUAAUAAUGAUGCUAAGAAACAUGAAUCAUUAA